UCUCCGCACACGCAGCGCGGGGGUGGGGGCCGGAGGAGUCUCCGCCUCAGGGGAACGCGGGAGAAGUCGGGGCAAAGUUUGCCGCCGCCAGCCGGGGCUGCUGAGGGCGUCGCGGGGCCGGGCUCCGAGCGAAGCCAGGCGCCAGGCUCCAGCCCCGCUGCCCUCGGCCCUGUGCGCUGCUGCCCGGCGGAGGGGGGGCCCAGGGGGCCGCCGCCAAGUUGCGCGGGGGCUCGGGCGGGCUCGGAGCGAGGGGCCGCCCGCGGCGGGAGGCGGCAGCGGCUGGGUGGGGCGCUGCCUCCCGGAGCGCCGGGCAGGGGAGCCAGCAUGUCCUCCAUCCUGCCGUUCACUCCCCCCAUCGUCAAGCGGCUGCUGGGCUGGAAGAAAGGGGAGCAGAACGGGCAGGAGGAGAAAUGGUGCGAGAAGGCGGUGAAGAGCCUGGUGAAGAAGCUGAAGAAGACGGGGCAGCUGGACGAGCUGGAGAAGGCGAUCACCACGCAGAACAUCAACACCAAGUGCAUCACCAUCCCUAGAUCACUAGAUGGCCGGUUGCAAGUAUCCCACCGUAAAGGGCUUCCCCAUGUGAUCUACUGCCGGCUAUGGCGUUGGCCAGACCUUCAUAGCCACCAUGAGCUGCGUGCCAUGGAGAUGUGCGAGUAUGCCUUUAACAUGAAGAAAGAUGAAGUCUGUGUCAACCCCUAUCACUACCAAAGAGUGGAGACUCCAGUUUUACCUCCAGUGCUGGUCCCAAGGCACACAGAAAUUCCAGCAGAGUUCCCGCCAUUGGACGAUUAUAGUCAUUCCAUUCCAGAGAACACUAACUUCCCGGCAGGUAUUGAGCCACAAAGCAACUACAUUCCAGAGACACCUCCUCCAGGUUAUCUGAGUGAGGAUGGAGAAACCAGUGACCAUCAGAUGAACCACAGCAUGGAUGCAGGUUCUCCAAAUUUAUCUCCAAAUCCUAUGUCCCCAGCACAUAAUAAUCUGGAUCUGCAGCCUGUUACCUACUGCGAGCCAGCUUUCUGGUGCUCUAUAUCCUACUAUGAACUCAACCAGCGAGUAGGGGAGACAUUCCAUGCUUCACAGCCUUCGAUGACCGUGGAUGGCUUCACCGAUCCUUCUAACUCAGAACGCUUCUGUCUUGGCUUAUUGUCUAAUGUGAACAGAAAUGCAGCAGUGGAGCUCACAAGACGACACAUUGGAAGAGGAGUAAGGCUGUACUACAUUGGAGGAGAGGUGUUUGCCGAGUGCCUUAGCGACAGUGCCAUUUUUGUCCAAUCUCCUAACUGUAACCAACGUUACGGCUGGCACCCCGCAACUGUUUGCAAGAUUCCACCAGGGUGUAACUUGAAGAUUUUUAACAACCAGGAAUUUGCAGCCCUUUUGGCUCAGUCUGUGAAUCAGGGUUUCGAGGCUGUGUAUCAGCUGACCAGAAUGUGCACAAUCCGAAUGAGCUUUGUCAAGGGCUGGGGAGCUGAAUACAGGCGGCAGACUGUGACCAGUACCCCCUGCUGGAUUGAACUGCAUCUUAAUGGCCCUUUGCAGUGGCUAGACAAGGUCCUUACACAAAUGGGUUCCCCAAGCAUUCGUUGUUCCAGUGUAUCUUAAGGAAACAUCUCCUUGGGGGGCAAAACAAGGACUCUGGAAAAUGGAAUCAGUUUAUCCCUUAGCAAAAAGCAUAAUAAAUAAAUUCUCCAUAGUAUUCAUAUGAUCAGAAAAAACAUGAAUUGCAAAAACAAGAGGUUAUUUUUAAAUGAAGUGCUCAUUUUAAGCCACUUCCCUGAAACUGUGUUAGCAUAUAUUAUGGGCCAUUGGAGUAAGAAUCUGAAGCUGAUGUUUUUCAUGCUAAGAACAUGGACUUCCGUUUUAGUGGAGUGAAGCAAACAUUCUGCAUUUAAAUCCUUGUUGUGCCUAUGUUGCCUCUGCUAUGUACAGCUCCGAUCACAGGGACGCUGCUUUCACCAGGUGCUCACUGGGUUGGGGGAGGUUUUCCAUUUGUGUUACAGAACUUCAGCCCAAUGCAAUGUAGCAUCUCUGUAAAGCAGAUCCCAUUGAACAUUGCUGCCAAGCCCUGCUUCUGCAUUACUGUCUGACAGCCUGGCAGGCAUGUGUCUGCCCUUUCUGAAUGGGCCCACCACAGCAGAGGGGCAGAGGUGUUAAAUAAAAACAACACACUCCCAAGAGAGAUCCCUCCAACAAAGCACCGAGGGGUCCCCCAGAGGGAGUGUUUUUCCCUUGUCAGAAAGCGGGCAAUGAGGCAGGCCUGGCUUUGUGCGUGAGAUGUACAGUUAAUAUCACAGUAAUCUCAGAGACUGGAUUUACGUGAAGCAAAAGACUGAUGUUAAGGUUUAUUUUAAUGUCACUGCAGUGAUAUUGAUUGGCUAGAGCAGCUCUCAGACAAGUGUUUGUAACUCAUUGCAAUUAGCUCUUGCCACAUCUGGAUGAGUUUAAGCCUUACUUGCUAGGUAGGCCAUUUAUAUUACUUACAUGAACUUUUGUAUUGUAUCCUCUCAAUAUGUUGAAUGGUGUCUUACACUUUUUAAAUUUUAUGGGC